CUCAUAUUAUAUAUAUAUUGGACUAUAGUACUUAAGUUAUGCUUCACUCUCACUCUCUCUUUCUUCAUAAAACACACAUUUACAUUUACUCAUGGAAUCACGUUGCUUGAUAUCAUAUAUUCUCACUGUUCUUCUAGCACUGUCAUUGAGCUUGUCCCAAAGCCUGGUGUUGGCUAAAACAAGCCCAUGUAAAUUUCCGGCUAUAUUUAACUUUGGCGACUCAAACUCCGACACCGGUGGCUUAUCCGCCGUGUUCGGACAAGCCCGUCCACCUCACGGCGAGUCAUACUUCCGCAGGCCUGUUGGCCGCUACUGCGAUGGCCGUCUUAUCGUUGAUUUCAUAGCUGAAAGCUUUGGAUUGCAAUAUCUGAGUGCCUACCUUGACUCAGUCGGAAGCAACUUCACACAUGGGGCUAACUUCGCGACCGCAGGAUCAACCAUCAGACCCCAAAACACCACUCUUCGUCAGAGUGGUUUCAGUCCCAUCUCCUUAGAUGUUCAGUGGAAUGAGUUCUACGAUUUUCACAACAGAUCGCAAACUACUCGCCAAAAAGGUGGUGUUUUCAGAAGCCUUUUGCCAAAGGCAGAAGAUUUCUCGAGCGCUUUGUACACAUUCGACAUUGGCCAGAAUGAUUUAACAGCAGGUUACUUCUUGAACAUGACAACAAGUGAAGUUAGAGCAUACAUCCCUGAUGUACUAAAUCAGUUCAAGAAUGUAGUCAAGUACAUAUAUGGUCAAGGAGGCAGAUACUUUUGGAUACACAACACUGGUCCCUUUGGUUGUCUACCAUACGUCUUGGACCGCUUGCCACUCACACCCGCGCAGAUAGACAAAGCAGGAUGUGCUAUACCUUUCAAUGAAGUUGCUCGAUUUUUUAACUAUGGCUUAAAGGAAGUUGUGGUCCAGUUGAGAAAGGAGUUACCAUUGGCUGCAAUCACCUAUGUUGAUGUUUACUCUGCAAAGUACGCUAUCAUUAGCCAGCCAAAAAAGCAUGGGUUUAAGGAAACAUUGAGGGCGUGUUGCGGUCACGGUGGGAAGUACAACUACAACAGGAACAUUGGGUGUGGAGGGAAGAUUAAAGUGCACGGGAAAGAGAUCUUAAUUGGGAAGCCAUGUAAUGAUCCAUCGGUUUGGGUGAAUUGGGAUGGAGUACAUUACAGUCAGGCAGCUAACAAAGCCAUUUUUGAUCAGAUUGUGGGCGGUUCGUUGUCCGACCCGCCAAUUCCAUUGGAAAUGGCCUGCCAUAGAACAAAAGCACAUUCAUGAUCUAGCCUCAUAUAGUACUUAGUUUGGCUGAUGUUUUUGCUUCUUCCAAUUCAAUGUCAUAAACGCUGACUUCUUUCUAUGUUGGAGCCUAGUAAAACAAUGUGAUGACUUGUGACUUCAUAUUGUCCAAAUUGCAAGACUUAGACACAAAGGAGCUUUGAA